AGCGCGGCGUGAACUCACGAAUAUUAUCCGCAAUCCCUUAAAAAUGGGCUCGAAAUCGCAUUUAAACCCAGAAAACAUGUUAUAGAAUGUAUAAAACAAAUUAUUUAUAGCAAAAUUAUGUACGAAGCACGUUUAUAACGUUCGUUUCAUUGAAUAUUAACAUAGCUAGUGUUUUUUUAUGUUCACCGAUGUUUUUCGGACUUUAAGAUGUUACUGGCCGCGGUGAUGGCGCGCAGCUGAGUCCAGUUCGAGAGCACGCCAGCACGCAAGAUGCGCUGGAUAUUUCCAGUACCAGUUCUUCUGAUGUCCUGGUUUGGUGUGGAGCAAGUAAAAGGCAACUCCUGCAUCCGAACCGCCCGCACGAUCUACUGCUACGAGUGUGACAGCUGGACGGACCCGCGCUGCAAGGACCCGUUCAACUACACGGCGCUGCCGCGCGACCAGCCGCCGCUGCAGACCUGCAACGGGUGCUGCGUCAAGAUGGUCCGCUACUCUAAGAGCCCCUACGAAGUGGUCCGGCGCACGUGCACCUCCCAGCUCCAGAUCAACCUGUUCAUGGUGGACCAUGUUUGCAUGAUGGAAAGUACGGGCACUGGCCACAUGUGUUUCUGCGAGGAGGACAUGUGUAACGCGGGCGCCGGCGCGCGCGCGGCGGCCUGGUUGCUCGCGCUUGCGUUUGCAUGUGCAUGGAGGUGAAGCGUAGUGAUGGGCGAGGUCGAUCGAUAAAGCCUAUUGGGAUCGAAUGGUUAUCGAUAAAAUCGUUAGCUUGGGUACUUGACAUUUUGGUCAUGAUAGUCCGAAAGCUUGGAAAUGUCAAAUGGCUAGAUGAGUCGAUAAAUUAAAUUGUUAUAGGGUUUCGAUUGAGAUGCCUAUUAGGAUCUAUUUUGUUGAACCGGUCAGGUUCUAGAUCCUUCAAAAGUCGGUUGUGAUGCUUUAUUUGAAUUCGGAGUUAACUAUUCAAUGGCGCGUUGGGGGUUUUACGACGCUAAAAUUUAUAAGUAAUCGUAAUUUAAAAUGAUGGCGUUUAAAAUGUUAUCGAGCUGUUUUGGAAGGUUAACGGUUAAAACGAAAAUCAUUUAAAAUGUAAUCAUUCGAGAACCAAUAGGCCCGGAAUUUAAAACAUCGAUAAAUACCUGCAUUUUAAUAUUUUGAGUCAUAGUAAUUUACCUACACCUACUCAAGUUUACAACGACAUCCAGUUAUUAAAACUAGUUUAAAAUUAGCAACCAGAUUAGAGAAAAUAUAUUUAUAAAUCUCAAACACGCAAAAAAAUGGAAAUACAUUAAAUUUUUACUAAAUGACAUGAUUAGAAAGUGCACGUAUUUUUCGAUGUCUCCGUGAAUUUGAGAGAAGUUCAAAAGCACUGGCUUGUGAAAUCAAUAUUCGUUAAAAUUUUCAAUGUAAGUAGGCUUGAAUUGAGAACUGCGUCUUGUACAUUAAUCUUAUCGAUAUCGAUAAGUUUAAUGUGGAAGGUGUGGUACAAUUUUUGACUGCGAAAUUCAAACUGUUUAUUUUUUGUUGGUGAUUUAUAGCAGUGAUCUCAGGUAUCACAGUGAAAAUUGUUUUUUAUUUUAUUUGAUCAAACCAGUGUUCCAACAACGAUUGUUCGACUGAGCCCAAACUAGACUUUCGUCCAACGUAGUAUAGUCGAGCUUUUUCACAUCACUAUACGUCCCUCUGAACUCGUACCUGGUGUUUAUGUACUGAUGUGGAAAACCUCCAUCAUUCGCUCUCACGAUAACAUUUUGCUCUAACCUAGACGUAGUUACGAGAAUUCCAAACGAUUAGCUUGUAAAUAGUGCGGCACGGACGUGCGUAUCGAUAUCGAUAAAGCUGACACACUCAAUGCUUUCUUAUUGGUCCAAAUUUCUUAGACCAAGUUGAAUUUGCUCAUAGAUGCACGUAAAAUAGAUGUGGGGCACUUUUAGAUAGAUAUUAAAUUGUUUAUAGACGAAUUAGCUUGAACUGCCGUACAUAAAGGGGUGUAAAAUAGGAUAGUUUGGUUAUAGAGGGUUUAACGUUUUUACAACGAUUGGCUGUCUGAUUUGAUUAAGGCUCAUGCACUUUAAAAAAUCUGGCAAGUUCUUUUACUUUUGAAUUUGCAAUUUUAGUUUUUGUAAACUCUUGCCUUAUAUGGUAAAUCGUCAAUAACUAGCUACUGUCUAAUAACUGGCCACCUUAUACUAAAAAUGAAUUCUAUUCACCUAUAAACAGAAUUCAUUUUUAGUAUAAGGUAUCAAACUGGCCACCCUUCAAGUUAUUGAAAUGAAUUCUGUUUAUAGGUGAAUAGAAUUAUUUUUUAGUAUAAGGUGGCCAGUAAUUGACGUUUUACCUAUUUAAAAAGUGUUUUUGACGAUCUGGAACACGCCACUCUAUUUUUAUUGUGCAAUUGAGUCCUUACAUUACUUCUACAAGAAAUGUACCAUAAUGUAUCAGCAAUCAACGUCAUAAGAUGUUUGUCUUCUUCGUUCCCUAAAAAUAGGGUUGGAUUAGGUAGAAAAUUAAAUUGCAGCUAGAUUUUUUCUAAAAGUUGUUGUGUUUGGUUUUGUUUGUUUUAUAGUUAGUGUCAAAAUGAAAAGGGAUAAGGCGCGAAUAUUACUGAUGAUAUUAGAAAUAAAGUAACAGAGAAGACCGAAAAGAUUAAGAAUUGAUUGAU